GAAUUUUCAUUUUCAUUUCGCAGCGAACGGCGUACCAGUCCAGAACAGAAAUCGGGGACUUAAAAAUCGGUUGACCGAAUCGGAGAUUGUUAUUUUUUGCCUAAUUUGCAAAAAAAAUAAAAUUCGCUAAAAUGCAACUGCAGCUAAAAGUUGUCGAGUAGUGUGCGUGUGUGUCCGAGUGUGUGUGUGGGCUUUUUAUCGAUCACACGCUUCCGCACUCCACUCUUCUUCGUUUUUCCCCAUCUGUCCCCACGCCGCUCAAACCCACUCUCCCCAACGAAUUCAAAGUUGAAAAUCGGAAAAUUAUACAAUUGCAUUCGCAAAUUACGACGUAUACACGUACGUACAGCACCCCCGAAAAAACUGAGGAAAUCAGAAAAACGCAAAAUCAAAGUCAAAGAAAACCAGACGAAAAAGCAAGGAAAACAUCUAAGGAAAACAAACAUUUUCUAGUGACCUCAGCUGUAGCUGCAAGUGCAAGUUAAAAAUACACAAACAAAGCGGAAAUAACCGAAAAAAAAUUUCAAGCACAAAGGCAUAAAACAGUAACAGUAAACCAGCACAAAGUUAAGCCAAAGUUGAAUUGGAGCUGAAAUAUUUACUCGUACAGUUAAAGGCAACUAUCAUCUAAUAUUUACUUAAAUACAGGCAGCCCACGCCUUUUAUCGCUUGUGAAUUUAAUUUAUCAAACUAAACGAAAACAAAAACUCAAUAACAAUUGACACACUCGCACACACACACACAAAAGCACACAGAACUGCAGUGGGAGAGCGCAAAGAAAAAGAGAUUGGGGAGAGGCAGAUAAACUUGGGCUCUCUUGGACUGCUUUGGCAUUCGCACGCGGACAGCGACGCCAAUCGGACGUUCCUCCUCCUCCCUUUCUCGCCUUCUUCCGCUCCACCUUUAAAACUCCACCAAACCGCGUGUGUGCUUCGAAAACAGUUAGUCGCCGUUAACCCUUAGGCCCACCACCAUGGUGGAUAUAAACAGUUCAAAUCCUGGGAAUCUCGGGGGAAAUUCCGCUUCGUCGGCGCGUUUACGGAGGUUCGAGCGAACGGACAGCGAGUUGGCCUGCGAAGAGGCGGCCAGACUAACGGCCGAACAGAGUCCCGAGGAUGAGGACAACCAGGACAAUGAGGAGGAGGACGAGGACGAAGAGAGUGUCUACGGGGAGCUGCCGCCUCCGCCGGACGGAGGAUACGGCUGGGUCAUCUGCUUCGCCAGCUUCAUGUGCAACAUGAUCGUGGACGGCAUAGCUUACACAUUUGGCAUUUUUCUGGAGGAGUUCGUGGCCUACUUCCACGAGGGCAAGGGCACGGUGGCCUGGGUGGGAAGUCUCCUUUCCGGAGUUUACCUCAGUGCCGGACCCAUUGUCUCAGCCCUGGCCAACAAGUACGGAUGUCGAGCUGUCUGCAUAGCGGGCAGCAUAAUCGCCUGCAUCGCCUUCGUUCUAAGUACCUUCAGUGCCAAUGUGAGCAUGUUGAUGGCCACCUAUGGUUUCAUGGGAGGAUUCGGCUUCGGCAUGAUCUAUCUGCCAGCUGUGGUUGCAGUGGGCUAUUACUUUGAGACCAAGCGGAGCUUGGCCACGGGAAUCGCGGUUUGUGGUUCCGGAUUCGGUACUUUCGCCUUUGCCCCGCUGGCCACCUAUCUCCUGGAGGAGUUCGGCUGGAAGAACGCCCUGCUCAUUUUCGCGGGUCUUAUUCUCAAUUGUGCCAUCUUUGGCGCCAUGAUGCGACCCCUGACCUAUCCAAAGAAGAAGAAACAGAAGCCCCUAAUGCAAAGGAUGUACGAGGAGAAGCAGCUGCAGCUGGAAAGGGGAUCCUUUGCGGGCUCCCAUUUUAUGGUGCAGCUUCCGGACGGAACCAUGGAGCGGAAGCUCAAGAUGCCACUGAACGCGGAUCCCGGCGUGCAUUCCAGCUUAAAUCUGGAGCUAUUGGCUCAACAGGCUGGCGGCGGCGGAGGUCUGCAUCCCGUUUCCACUCUGCCCACCAUCACGGAGUCCAAAGUGGUGGAUGUUCAUCGGCAGAACGGAGCACAAUCUCCGCCAAAUGGUGACAGCAAUGGCCAGUUAUCCGCUCGAUCUGCUCGUCGCCCGCACAGGAGCUCCGAGUCCGAGAACAGCCCGUAUCAUUCGCAGGACGCCAUGACGCGAAAUGCUUCCCAGCCAGCUUUCCUCGCCGGAGAUCACCAGAGCUUGCCCAAAAACGGAUCCGUGCCUGCCUUCAACACGCGGGUGAGGAAGACCUCUGCAUCCGAGCGCUAUCAACCCUCGUUGGCCGCCAUUCGAGCUUCUUCUCGCGGAGAUCUGGAGGCCGGAGCUGGCGGCGAUUACGCCUCAUCCAAGUUGUCGCUCUCGCAAAGGCAGGGCAGUCAAUCGGGCAGCAGCGGCAGGAUGGUGCGUCCCAUGUCACGCAAGGAUAUCUUCUACUCCGGCUCGGUGACGAACCUGCCCCAGUAUCAAUCCCAGAAAUCGCUGACCAACUACAGGAACUCGGUUCUAUCGCUGACUAAGUACGAGAAGAGCAUGCAGAGCGUGGCCAAACUGGAUCCCCUGGCGGAGGCCGAGAAACACCGUGAGGAAUACGACCUGUGUCCCUGUCUAGGCAUUCCUGAUUCCGUAAAAUCGGUGGUCAACACCAUGCUGGAUGUGAGCCUGCUGAAGGAUCCCGUCUUUAUGCUGAUCGGAGUUUCGAAUAUCUUCGGCAUGGCCGGCCUAUAUGUGCCCUUCGUCUACCUGGUGGAUGCCGCCAGGGAGCACGAUAUCCCGAAGAACGAUGCCGCCAUGCUGCUGUCCAUCAUCGGAAUCACCAACACAGUGGGUCGUGUGUUCUGCGGCUGGGUGGCGGAUCUGCCUCAGGUGAACUCGCUGCUACUCAACAACUGCUGCCUUCUGGUAUCCACGAUUGCCGUGACCCUGACCCCACUGUGCCACAGUUAUGCGGCCUACAUAACCAUGUCCAUAUUCUUUGGACUGGCCAUCUCGGGCUACAUCUCGCUAACGUCAAUUAUCCUGGUCGACCUGCUCGGCCUGGACAAGCUCACAAAUGCCUUCGGAUUGCUGAUCCUGUUCAGAGGAUUUGCCGCCCUGAUCGGAACGCCUUUGGCGGGAGCCAUCUACGAUAUAACGCACACCUACGACCUGCCUUUUUACAUGGCCGGUGCUCUGUUCGGGAUCUCCACGAUAACCAGUUUCCUUGCGCCCUGCCUGAAGCGAUGCAGUCCCUCCGAGGAGACGCCCGUUCAUGUGGAGACCCUCACGCCAAUCGACGAGGAGCAGGGCGAGGACGCCGAGGAGGAGGACGAGGAUCAGCCCAUCACCAUUGUGCCCAAGAUCAUCAAGACACUGGCGAGUCCACAGCAGGAGGAGGGACAUCCGCAGUUCCCCCAGAAGACAAGCGAAUCGAAGCUCUAAGCGGGCUAAUGAAUUUACAGGGGUCAUUGCGAAGCUCAAGAUCCGGUGAGAUAUUUUUCUAUUUACUUAUACAGCAGAGGGAGGAGAUCAGAGAUCGAGCACACCUAUAUACAACGUGGAGGAGACCGGAUAUGUAUAGCCAGCCCAUACCAUAUAUAUAUGUAUACCUUUAAGCCUAGGCAACAGCGGAGGAUGAGAUGUGGAAAAUGCACUUUUCUACCAGAAGAACUCAGCUUAGCUUGCGAUAAGAUAUAGAAAACCUUCGGCUAUAUAUAAACUAUACUACGCUCAUAAAUUACCGAUCGAAACUGAUACCGAUCGCUGGUAGAUUGCAACUGUUAUACAGAAACCACAAAAUAUUGUAAAGUAAAUUCUAUUAUUAUUAUUUGUUUGUUAAACCCUACGAUUACUAUGAUUACCAUUAUGAUUACUAUUAAAGAUUAUUGUGUACUACUACUAAAUAGUUGUUGGCCAGGCGUUAUAAAUGUGUCAUACCGUAGCGAUAUAUAGCGUGUGUGUAAACUGUAAACUGUAGCUAAGUAGAAGUGGCCCGAUCAACUUAAAAAGCAUCAGCAACUAUUUCGCAACUAACAAAUUGUAUAUUUUAUAAGGAGGAACGCUACACAAAUAACAAGAAGCGAAAACACAAAUGAACCGCAUUAAGAACUAAAAUUGUUUUCAAUUUUACACUUAUCAUUUAGGUGGCAACUCAAUACACUAAAAAUACAAAUUUACGGCUCAUUUUUGUAAGUUACUAAGCUAAAGUCCAGCAACAGAAAAACCAAGAGAACAUGAAUUUUUAAGGCUUGUGUGUGUCUGUUUUUUAACUAUCCAAAUAUAUAGCCUAGUAGCUACGAACCAUAAGCAAUACGGCAAGUGCAGUUCUAUACAAUCGAAAUUGUUCACGCGGCUAAAACUAAUUAAACAGUAUAUAUGAUAUGUACCACAAGAAAUAUUCUAAAUCUGUUAUACGCAUAAGGACAAGAGCAACAACAAGUGAACGAGUGGGAAACACAUCAAAAGUUACAUUUAGAACAAUAAGUGUUGAAAGAAUGAGAAGAGCAGCCAGAAUAGAAAUAAAAGAAAUUGCCAUACAUUUUAAAACUGUAAAA